AUGUCAAAAUUACUGUGCCGCUUGAGGGCGGGUAGCCCGUUCGGGAUGACCGUCGUCACCGUUUUCUUCACGCUGCUGGUUUUCUUUACAAAUCUUACACUGAUCUAUUACUACGUGCAGACCCGGAGCAAUGCCGAAUUCCCGCAGCCUGUUCAGAGCAGUCAUCCUCAAGAAUGCCAGAGAGAGGGCCUUGGCGAGCUGGCAAUAAAGGCGUUGGAUCGGGUGAAAACAGAGGAAUGCCGACGGCAAAUUGAAGAUGCGGCUUGUCGCUUGCAGAACAAAACGUUCCAUGAGAAGAUGCCACUAAGCAACUGCCACAAUUUCGACACCGUGCUUGCUGGCCAACCCAUAGGCUGCUUUCUCGAUAAGGGUGCCAAUCGACAACUGAAGGCUCACAAAUACGAGUUUACCGACAACUCGCACGCAAAGUGCCAGAGCCAUUGCCACCGCGCCGGCUACUUGUAUUACGGGCUUGAAUACGGCGUGGAAUGUUUCUGUGGGGAUGACUUUGCGGCCCAAUACGAACCAAUUUCGUUUAGAUGCACUGAGUACAGCUGCGCCGGUAACAAUACAGAGUAUUGUGGAGGAUUCGAAGCUGUCGACAUCUACAGAACUGGGCUGAUAGUGAAAGCAGCGCAGCUGGUACGCCGCCCGAAAUACCUGGAGACUAGCCGACUCAAAAAGGAGGAUGUGGUGAAGAUCAUGUUUGUGUUGCAGCUCAAUGGAAGGAACACCAGACAGGUGCGACGUCUUUUGAAGGCUAUAUAUUCCCCACACCACUUCUAUUAUGUCCAUGUCGAUAAGAGGCAAACUUACAUGAUCAGCCAAAUGCGUGAGCUGGCCGCUAAAUUGCCGAAUCUCUACGUGGAAAUGGAAGGCCGAUCGACGAUUUGGGGUGGAGCUUCAUUGUUGUCGAUGAUGAUGCACGCCAUCCGGACUACGAUCAGCAUUCCACAAUUUGGUGCAUGGGACUUCCUCGUCAAUCUUUCCGAGUCCGAUUUCCCGGUGAUGACGCUGGCUGAGCUAGAAACGCAGCUUACACUAAAUCGCGGCAAUUCCUUUUUGGCAAGCCAUGGAUCCAAUGCUGCUCGUUUUAUUCAAAAGCAGGGCUUUGAAUUCGUGUUUGUUGAGUGCGAAGAACGGAUGUGGAGGGUCGGCAGAAGAGAAGAGUUCCCUCGUGGGCUACGUAUCGAUGGCGGUUCGGAUUGGGUGAUUCUGCACAAAGAAUUUGCCAUGUAUUCGAUUUCCGAUGAAGAGCUUCCUGCAAAACUGCGAACAUUAUUUUCGAAUAUUAUUCUGCCAGUGGAGAGCUUCUUCCAUACGCUUGCUGCCAACUCGAUCUAUUGCGAUCAGGUUAUAACAGGCAACUUGCGCUUGACAAAUUGGAACAGGGCUCAGGGUUGUCGAUGCCAAUCUCUUAAAAAGGUCGUUGAUUGGUGUGGCUGCUCCCCCUUGGUUUUCACCAAGGACUCUAUGACUAAAUUUGAGCUUGAGAAAGCCAAGUCAAAAGUCUAUUACCUGGCCCGGAAGUUUGAAAAUCUGAUUGACGUGGAUGCCAUCGCGGCGGCUGAAGCACAAGCGAUGAGAGAUCGUCCAGAAUUGCUGAGUACACGAUCACCAUCGUUCAACACUUCGCAUCUCAAUAUCUUUGAAGCUGCUCUCGAUGGUUAUUCAAAACCGUACACUUUGAUGGCUCUGCGCUUACUGGCUAUGUCGAGUCAACGAGACAUGGAAUUCGGAUCUUUGAAAGCCGUUCACGUCUACAGAGCUCAUUUUGAGGCUAACUGGCAGCUGGUCUUCACUAUACUGACAAAAGAUGGCCAGACAAUUGAACUGCUCGCUCAACGUAGCCACGACUCAUUCGUCGAGAACCCUGCUGUAACUGAUGGCUUCUCGUUGAAGAGUGUACGAAUGGGUGUAUCGAUUGACCACAAGGAAGAAGUCUUUCGAGGUUACACGGGUUACGUUGACCAGAAGGGAGCGCCGACAAUCCUGCUGCUAUGGGAGCGAGUCCCCGGCGAAGCUAGCACCGUGCCCGCCAACAAAACGUCUCCUGCUGUGAAAUUCGAAUGGCGUGAUGAGCAAGAAGCGCUUGUGGCAACACAACGCCUCCCGCCAUAUGAUUCGAUUUAUGGCCAACAAUUUGCGGAACUGGCGCUCCCAUCCUUGACGAGGCUGAAGUCUAACCAAACCGGAGUUUGGUCCGUGACUGUAAUGGAUGACAAUCGGACCCUUGGCAAAGUUAACUUCCCACUGUUCGAUCCCGAGGACGAGGAGAGUUUCGUCGGUUUGGUGGCGAAAUUCUAUCGAGUUCAAGCCGACUGUUUGAAUGUCAUCGAUUGCCGGAGCAGUUUAUGGAGCACCUUCCAUCCCGACCCAAAAUCGGACAUCCAAUUCGGCUACGAUCAAAGCCUUGGAUAUCUAGUU